AUAAGUGACUACACAAAAUGAAGUGCUUUACAUCGAUUGCUCUGCUAGUUUGUUUGGCAGCCUGGACCCAUGCGGAGCCACCAGUGCCACAGAAUCAAUACUUGCCACCCAAUCAGUCGCCUCAGGCCCCAUCGAAUAACUAUUUGCCACCCACACAGAGCUAUCAGUCGCCAUCGAACAACUAUUUGCCUCCUCAGCGUUCGGGUGGAAAUGGAGGAGGUGCUCCAAGCAACAGCUACGGUGCCCCCAUUGCCCCCCAGAGUCAGUAUGGAGCUCCAGCUUUGACCGGUGCCAUUUUCAAGGGACAGAACGGAGGCAACGGCGGCGGCGGCGGUUAUGGACAGCAAAACGAUGAGGAGCAAUACGGUCCAGCCAAGUAUGAAUUCAAAUACGAUGUCCAGGAUUACGAGUCGGGCAACGAUUUCGGUCAUAUGGAAUCUCGUGAUGGUGAUUUGGCUAUCGGCCGUUAUUACGUCCUUCUGCCCGAUGGCCGUAAGCAGAUUGUGGAAUACGAGGCCGAUCAGAAUGGUUAUCGUCCAACUAUUCGUUAUGAGCAAGUGGGCAAUGGCAAUGGCAAUGGAAAUGGACGCAAUGGCGGCAACGGAGGUGGCUAUGACAGCAAUGCGCAACAGGGCAAAUUCAAUGGCUACCAAUAAGAAGGAGGAGGAGAGAAGAAUGAGAGAUACCUUCUAGUGUUUCCAUUAUGAGCUUUGACCCUUUGGAUUGCGAGUAUUAACCAUAUAAUCAUCAGGUCUAAGGGCAAAGCCAGCUCCACUCGACUUCCUCCCUCCCCACCCAACCCUCUGCCCCUUUUAUUCUACCUUCUUUUUAGUGGAGAACGUUUGCCCAAAUUGUAUUUGUUAUUUUGCCAUAGACAAGUGAACGUUCUGUCCUUCCUCCUCCCCGAAACCAUACCCAAAUCUAUGUUCCAUGUCUCACUUCAUUUUGUGUUAGUCUACAAGAAAAUACACACAAAAAACACACACACACACACGCAUACAUACAUACAUACACACAUUCGCAUUUCAUUGCAUUACCAUUCCCCAUAUAAAUAAGGAUUGUAUUUAGUUUUUAAACAAAAAAUGAGAAAAUGGAAAACAAAAACAUAUGAGAUUCUUUUUUGUGUAUAUUUAAUAUUAAUAAAUGAAUAAAGAAGCAAUUUUUGUAUAAAACAAAGUCACAAAAAAUAA